AUGGAGGGGCUAUCGUGGAGCUGCCAGCUCGCUGUUACGCCGCCCAACAGGGCCCAGAAACUCGUUGGGGACAAGAUAACCCUACCACAAUCUGCGCUUGAGCAGAUACUUGCUGCCGUUCGCAAUAUUCCGUCCUCUACACCCGAAAACCCGCUUUCUCCUGAUGUUGAUUCCGAGGCCAGUCCGCUCGGUCCCUCCAAUAAUAACGAUUCCAGACAACGAGAGCUUCCGCACCCUCUUACAUUCCGCCUGGUAAAUCCUGGAAAUGGACGUGCCAUAUAUUCGGGAAUUAGGGAGUUUUCUGCAAACGAGAAUGAAAUUUCCGUGAGCCCAUUUCUGCUCCAAAGCCUCGGCAUAGAAGAAUCGGAUUUCGACAUCGAACCAGACUCUUCCUCGCAGGAUAAGUUGCCCAUAGUCACGGUUCAUGUGGUUCAACUUCCUAAGGGAUCUUAUGUGCGGCUGAGGCCACUAGAGGCUGGAUAUGAUGUGGAAGACUGGAAAGCUCUAUUGGAGCGGCAACUGCGAGACAAUUAUACCACCCUCUCGGUUGGAGAGGUUGUCUCGGUCCUCGCUAGUCGAAAUGAGGUCAUGCAGUUCUUGGUUGACAAGGUGUUACCUAAGGGAAACGCAGUCUGUAUUGUUGAUACCGAUCUGGCCGUGGACAUUGAACCGUUAGACGAGGACCAAGCCCGAGAGAGCUUGAAAAGGCAACUGGCAAAGAAUCGUCGGGCACCAGAGUAUACUGGUCAAAGUUCAGCCGGUGGAACAAUCGCUAACGGGCAGGAAGUGUGUGACCAGGUGUUACCAGGGGAUUAUGUGGAUUACGAGCUUAAAUCAUGGGAUCGCGGAAACCCCCUGGCACUAGAACUAAGUGCUGACGACGACAAGGAGAUGGAUGUUGAUUUGUUUGCGAGCCCAUUCUCAGCCAGGCAGAGAGCUCGACCUCGUGAUGAUCAGCAUGUAUGGGGUGAAUUCUCGCACUACCUUCCAAAGAUCAUUGAGAUUAACCCCACCAAUGUGGAGAUGCGCCAUGCUGAUUGCCUCUAUAUUUCGGUACAUGCCCCUCCUUUGGGGUUGGCGGAGCUGAAUAAUGGCUCUAUAGAAGCAAGCCAUCCACAACCGAUCCCGUUCAGACUUCGAGUAACUACAUCCUUAAAGGCAACGGGGACAGCGGAAGAGGAGAACCUAGGUCAAGAUGCGCAUAGUAAUGAUGAAACACAAUGCAAGAAUUGUCAGCAAUGGGUCCCCAAAGCAACCAUGGUGUUGCAUGAAAAUUUUUGCCUUCGUAACAAUAUCCUCUGCCCUAAAUGCCAAAAGGUCUUCCACAAACGAUCUUCUGAGUGGGAAAAUCACUGGCAUUGCACCCAAGACGACGCAUACGGAACUGGAGCAUCUAGCAAAGCGAGGCACGAUACCGUCUUCCAUUCAACUCAUACUUGCCGCGAAUGCCAAUAUGUUUCCCGGAGCCUACCUGAUCUAGCCCAACAUCGGACUACUGUAUGCCCUGAGAAGCUUAUUCUCUGCAGUUUCUGUCAUCUCGUUGUUCCUCAGAAGGGCGAGUCAGACCCCGAGGUCUUAGAUCCUGAAGUGGUUCUGUCCAACCUUACACCGCACGAACUCGUAGAUGGGGGAAGAACAACGGAGUGUCAUCUAUGUCACAAAAUUGUCCGCCUUCGAGAUAUGAAUACCCAUCUACGUCACCAUGAGCUCGAUCGAGUUUCACGUCCUUCCCCUCAGAUAUGCCUAAAUGCCAAUUGCUGUCGGACAAUAAAUGGCCCUAACCUCAACCAACCACCCAGGAAUCCGACCAACGACACGCUUGGGCUUUGCAAGGUUUGUUUUGGGCCUUUAUACGUUGACGUCUACGACCCUGAAGGCAAGGCCCUCCGCCGCCGGAUUGAGCGGAGAUAUCUAUCUCAAAUGCUCACGGGAUGUGGCAAUUCUUGGUGUCUCAAUGAGUACUGCAAGUCAGGUCGCACAAAUUUGAACAUCAGUGGCGGAGCUACCUUGACCUCGAAAGACAUAUCUCCAAUUAUCAAACCACUUAUUGAAGGGAUCUCAAUCGAGCCAACCAUGGUUAACAUCUCCCCCCUCUAUUUUUGCACCGACCAGGUUAUCCAGACAAGGAAGAAGUUGGCCGAAGCGCUUGCUUCCGAAAGUGCUGAGGAUACAACAUCAUAUAGUGAAAUAUACGAAGUCGAGUGGUGCAUGGCGGCCAUAGAAGCUGCCAGUGGGGACGUGAUUAAAGCUAGGGAAUGGCUUCACGAUUGGGCACCAAAGAAAGGGGAGACCUUUGGAAGCUCCUCGUAA